AUGUUGAUGCGGGAUUCCGCUCUCCAUCUAAGCUUCUGGCUUAACCAUGGCCGUUCACGUCCCCGCUACCUCAUUGCCCUAGUUCCGACAGUCAUCGGAGGAUUGAUCUUUUUAUACCUCAUUCUAGCGCCGCAACUUAUCCGAUUUCGAUUCCGUGCAGGACUGAGCUGGUAUGAUCUAGGGUUAUAUGGCUUUGGACCUUCUCAGGACUUUGUGUCCUUCGAUAAGGAGUCUCGAUUCGUGGAGAUAUCUCCAGCGGAUGCACAAUGCGACCCUCGAUUUACCUUUUUCGCUCCUAGAGGCGAUUCUGUUGCACAUCCCGGUCCAAUGAUCCUUGAUGCGCAGGGUGACUUGGUGUGGAUGAAACACAACGCAGCUACAACACAAGAUUUCAAAUUGCAGCGAUAUAAGGGCCAGGAUUAUUUGACUUAUUGGGAAGGAGAUGAGGAAGAAGGACAUGGAUUGGGUUCAUGGUAUAUGGAAUUUUCCUGCUUCCCGCAGCUUGAUUCAAACUACAAACAACGAUUUGUUAUUUCCCCUGUCGGGACUAUUGAUGGCGACCUACACGAGUUUACAGUCACUUGUAACGAUACCGCUCUUGUCUCAGUAUAUGAACCUAUUCUAUACAACCUGACAUCCAUUGGCGGGCCCGAAAUUGGCUGGAUGUAUGAUUCCAUCGUACAGGAAAUUGACAUUGCCACCGGAGAGCUCCUGUUUGAAUGGAGAGCUUCCAACUUCUACCCGCCCGAGUCUAGCUUUCAGCCAAUAGAGAAUGGGGGCUCCGAACGGAGCUUAAGUUAUGACUUCUUCCAUUUGAAUAGCGCAGACAAAGAUGACCAAGGCCGUAUUCUAAUUUCCGGUCGACAUACUCACACUGUCACCUGCGUGGACAGUUUCACAGGUGAUGUACUUUGGACUUUGGGGGGAAAGGGCAAUGAAUUUUCUGAUCUGUCAAAUGGGUCUGCCACCGACUUUGCAUGGCAGCAUGAUGCUCGCUGGCAAGGAAGUAGCUCAUUGACUUUGUUCGACAAUGCCGCCAACUCCCCCCAAAAAAAUGCGGAUGCAUCGAAAAGUCGUGGUCUUUGGAUCGAUCUGGACAUUGAUGCACGACAAGCGAGAUUAGUGGCAAGCUAUGUCCACCCGCAGGAGCUCCUGUCUUUUUCGCAGGGCAACUUGCAAAUCCUGGAUACAGGGAACGUCAUAGUGGGCUGGGGACACAGUGGCGCCUUCACAGAAUUCUCGGCUGAUGGAGAUUUGCUUUGUGAUGUACACUUUGGUGCCUCGGCCUACUUCUCUUUUGGUCGGGUUGUCUCCUAUCGCGUAUACAAGGGAUAUUGGGUCGGCACUCCGGAUACAUUACCCGACGCAGUCAUCUCAGGAAAUACUGUAUAUGUGAGCUGGAACGGCGCGACGGAAGUCGAUCAAUGGCGACUCGAAGCUUGUGACGGCCAAGACAUGCGAGAUAUGCAGUGUUCGUUGAUUGAGGAGGUCGCACGAAGUGGCUUUGAGACUGAAAUCGCUAUUACUGCUGUCAGCUCAAAGUUCUUCAAAGUCAGCGCCAUUAAUUCAAAUGGUCAGACUAUCGGCACAACGGAGCUGCUUAGACGAUAUCCUCUGCAUGAGAAAAUAGCCCCGUAUUAUUGGGUCGCUAUAUUGUUCGCCACUGGAUGUCUUCUUUAUGGAAUUUAUUACGCUGCUGUCCGAAGCUGGCGCCAUCGCGAUCUCAAUGGGAUAUAUCGAUUAGUGGGACACAAAGAGCCGGUCGAGGUUGACUUUGUGAAUCUUGGAAUAAUGGCUGAUGAGUAG